CAAAACACGCGCUCUUACAGUGACGUUGCCGCACGGAUUGCUGGGAUAGCAAUCAGUGGAGGUCAGAGAAGAAAGAUGUCAGUCGCUAGUUUCACGUCCUUGAGUCGCUGUGGUGUUAUGGCAUUCCGCUCGCCCGCGAGGCAACUGGCGGUGCGGUACGCCCAAACAGCAGCAGCUCCUUCUGUUCAGCCCAGGAUAAAGAAGUUCCAGAUCUAUAGAUGGGACCCGGACACACCUGGAGACAAACCCCGCAUGCAGACAUAUGAGGUUGACCUCAACGCUUGUGGCCCGAUGGUUCUUGAUGCCCUCAUCAAGAUUAAAAAUGAGAUGGACUCGACUCUGACCUUCCGCAGGUCUUGUAGAGAAGGUAUUUGUGGAUCCUGUGCAAUGAACAUAAAUGGAGGAAACACACUCGCCUGUCUCAACAAGAUUGAUGCAAACCUCAGCAAGCCCACCAAGAUUUACCCUCUGCCACAUAUGUACGUGGUCAAGGACCUGGUACCUGACAUGAGUAACUUCUACGCUCAGUACAAGUCCAUUGAACCAUACCUGAAGAAGAAUGAUGAGUCUAAAGAAGGGAAGGAGCAGUACCUGCAGUCUGUGGAGGACAGACAAAAGCUGGACGGCCUGUAUGAAUGUAUUUUGUGCGCCUGCUGCAGCACGAGUUGUCCGAGCUACUGGUGGAACGGAGACAAAUACCUUGGGCCCGCUGUGCUCAUGCAGGCAUAUCGUUGGUUAAUCGACUCAAGAGAUGACUUCACAGAGCAGCGACUCUCCAAGCUGCAGGAUCCUUUUUCUCUCUUUCGCUGCCACACCAUCAUGAACUGCACCCAGACCUGCCCAAAGGGCCUGAACCCAGGAAAAGCCAUUGCUGAGAUCAAGAAGAUGAUGGCCACGUACAAGGAGAAGAAGGCAGCAGCUGUCUGACACCUCCACUAUCCUGUUGUAAAGCCCACUAAUUAAAUUAUGUAUUGAUUUUAAAAUGUUCAUUAAGGUUUGACAUGCUGGAACACCAGCCAUCGCCUCAGCGUGCUUCUUUGUUCGAAACGUGUCAUUCGAGAAAGAGAGAGAGUCCUGUGUUGAAUUAAUGCACAGCCACGGUAUGAAUAGUGGAGAUUGUGUGUGAGUUUGUGAACAGUUUUUAUCUCCACGCUCCAUCUGUGUGGCUGUUUGUGCUCCUCAGAGGUGGACGAUGAAGCUAACACAGCUUGUUGUCGUCCUGUCCUGCACCAGCCUCUCAGCCGUUCAGUGUAAAUGUCCCUUUAGCUCCAACAAGACUUUGUUAUGAUGUGAAAUAAAUAAUUACAAUGCCUUCAGCUGUUAUCGCCUGUUUAACUCCAUUAAACGCUGCAGCAGUCAUUGGUCACCA